ACGAUGAAGCAUCAAAUUUUAUAAAUCAUAGAGUAAUAUGGAGCAACGUGCCAGUUUAAUGUUUAUGGGCAGCGGAAGUUGCAGCAGUGGAGCGAUAGUAUCUCAGUAUCUCUCCUGCAACGGCAGGCGACAUACCUACAAACAGCACACGAACGAUGCAGGGGACGCGAGCAGAGCGAAAUUUGAGCAAUUUUCUAAAAAUUGCAUUAAUCAUUACGAUGGCAACGUGUACCCUGCUGAUUUUAAUAUCUGACCGGCAGCACUCUUGGUCCAUCGUGCAAAUACGCGAGGAAAUUUACGAAACUUUGAUUAAUGAAGCGGCUGCCAAUUUAUCCAUCACGGAAGAAGGGGAAGCAAUUUUGUUCAUCGGUGAAGCCGAAAACUUGACUCAAGAGGAUAUAUUAAAAAAGGUGCAUGACUGGGCGCCUAGUGUUCUUGCAGAUCACGUGAACGACACGGACCGCAAAUUAAACGACACUUGCGCUCACUACGUCAACCCCUACGACGUGAAAUACAACAAUAUCAUGUGGCAAGUGCAGAAAAUGCCCCGCGAAACGUACCUGCUCUUUAACGCCUACUUUGACAACCGCACCGUUUUAACGGGCGGAGGCUCCUUCGUUCGAAUCCUCGCCGUCAUUGACAGACCUGAGCCAAGUAACAAAAGCUUCUGCCAACUUUGGUUCGCCAACAAGCCCGAGCCAACGAUAUCAGAUGUGUCGCAAACAGACUUUCUGUGGUACAGGGAAUGGGGAAACGACAAAUCGCCGUACCAGCCGUACCUUUUCAGCUGUGCCGUGCCUGCUUCGUUGGGGAUGGUUCCAGAAUCCGUAUCUCUGGUUGCCAAUCCGUGCGACAACGCGACCAAUAAUUUGAGAGUGAUCGACAACCGGGCACUAUUUGGCAAAAAACUCAACUUUGGGGUAUGCGUGAAGGCGAUGAACUUCAAACACCAGCCCCUUGUUUCCAUCAGGCUGGUCGAGUGGAUCGAAAUGCACAAAAUACUCGGCGCAGACAAAAUUUUCAUUUACGAGCUUCAGGUGCAUCCGAAUACGACGCGAGUUUUGGAUUACUACAAGGCGCAAGGCUUGGUGGAGGUCACGAAACUGGCCCUGCCAGGAAGUGCCCCGAACAUUCCUGACCUCAUGGAAAUGUACAUGAGUCACAGGACAUUUAGUAUUCAGUGCCCUCUCGAACUCAUCCAGUACACCGACUGCCUGCUGAAAAAUAUGAAUCUCUUUGAGUUCAUCGUUGUUGUCGACAUCGACGAGGUUAUCCUUCCGCUCCAAGUCGAUAAUUGGUACGAUCUCAUCUACAAAGUUGCCAUUCCAAAGAACAAGCAGAGAACAGAAGGCAUAGCGUCAUUCGUAGCAAGAAAUGUGCACUUUAUGGACGACACGGAUGAGUAUCAGGACUGGACUCAGGGAAUACCAAAAUACAUGCACAUGCUGCAGAAUAUCCAUCGCAACGUGUCUCACUCGGAGAUUGGCAAUUCAAUUAAGUGUAUCCACAACACAGAUUACGUUCUGGCGCUGCACAACCACUAUGCCCGGCAUUGUCUUGGCGAUUAUUGUCCAGACGUUGAUUUUGACCUUGAGGAUGCCCAUAUGCAGCACUACUGUCUUGGCAGGAAGAAGAGUGAGUGCAAGUGGAAGCGAGGAAAGGACCUGGUGGUGGACACGUCUAUGUGGAGGUUCAAGGACAAACUCAUUCCUGCUACUCAGAAAGUCCUGCGCACGAUUGGAUUUCUUUAAAUUGUUUGUUUGAUAGCAAUAUGUAAAAUUUUUAUAGUUAAUAAAUAAAAGAUAUGU